UUGCGCGCUCCGCCCUCUCCCUCCGCGUCCGCGCGCGCCUGCCCCGCUCCGCCCGCCUCACUCGUUUCGGGGCGGUUGGGCCGCGCGCCUGUGGGGGCGGGGCCCGGAGCAGGCGACCGAGCCAAUGGGGCGCGGCGGCGGCGGCGGCGGCGGCGGCGGCGGCGGCUGGGUCGGGCCCCGACGGGCGGCGGCGGCUGAGGUGGAGGCGGAGGGAGGCGGCGGCGGCGGCGGCGGCGGCGGCGGGGCGAAGAUGGCGGCGCCCGUCCUGCUGAGAGUGUCGGUGCCGCGGUGGGAGCGGGUGGCCCGGUACGCCGUGUGCGCCGCCGGGAUCCUGCUCUCCAUCUACGCCUACCACGUGGAGCGGGAGAAGGAGCGGGACCCCGAGCACCGGGCCCUCUGCGACCUGGGGCCGUGGGUGAGGUGCUCCGCCGCCCUCGCCUCCAGAUGGGGUCGAGGAUUUGGUCUUUUGGGUUCCAUUUUUGGAAAGGAUGGUGUAUUAAACCAGCCAAACAGUGUCUUUGGACUUAUAUUUUAUAUACUACAGUUAUUACUUGGCAUGACAGCAAGUGCCGUCGCGGCUUUGAUCCUCAUGACGUCCUCCAUCAUGUCGGUCGUGGGGUCCCUGUACCUGGCCUACAUUCUGUACUUUGUGCUGAAGGAGUUCUGCAUCAUCUGUGUCUUCACGUACGUGCUGAACUUCGUUCUUCUCAUCAUCAACUACAAACGACUGGUUUACUUGAACGAAGCCUGGAAACGGCAGCUGCAGCCCAAGCAGGACUGAUGCGCCACAGACUCUUCCCUGCAGUCCCAAGUCCCUUUUCCAUUACGUUUAUUUUGCAGCAGUUUUUUUUUUUUUUUUUUUUUUUUAAUUCUUCACAACACUUUCCCUAAGAAUCUUAAACUGGUUUUUAAAAAUCCUGUAAAUUAGAACGGGCCCUCGCUAUUUUUUGUGUCAAUCUUCAUUUUAAAUACGGAUACAACAAGGAUACGCCAAGCCAAUCAAAGACAAGCUUUAACUUGACUUUGAAGAUGUUUUUGAAAUGAUAAAAUGUAGCCCGAGCCCCCUUCCCUCAGUUGUAAAGUGAGCAACCAUUGCUAGUCAUUCCUUAAAGUGUAUAAAUUCAAUUUCAGGUAUAACAAAUGUGAUCAUGACAUGAAAAUAUUUUAGAAUAGAUACUGUAUUAAAUAUUGCCAUGUUUACAAUAUGUAAUAUGUUUUUAGCUGAUGGAUUUAAACAUGUAGAUUCAACUAGAAUCCAUUUAUGUGAUAUUUGUAAAUAAAAGUAGAAAUAUUGGAUUCAUCCCUGCAGAGCUUACUGUACAGUUUAGUUGGAGUUAGCACUGAAGAACUGUCGGCUCAGCGUGGACUGAGGAGGUAGUGAGAAUAGCCCAUGCACAGCAUCUGGAGUGAAGUGCUGGCAGCCGUGGGGGCAGCAUUGAUCACAAAAAUUAUAGGGCAAAAAAAAAAAAAUAAUAGGGUGGUUGGUUCCCUUUCAUCUCCCACUUUCUGAAAGGAAGAAAUUGAAGUGGAACGUUCAAGUCAGAUUUGUGUCUGGUUGUAAAACUGGAGCAAUUGUUAACCUUACAGAAUAAGUCCGAGGCCUGGAGGACACUAGGAUGGGAAGACGGGUAUUUUUCUUUGGAGAAAAGCUGGAAAUAUAAACAUGGCAUUUUUAGGUAAAGUUUCUUCCACCAAUUGAAUUUUCACACAGAUAAUUUUUCCUUAAUAUUGGUGCCAGUCAACCAAACAGUAUUGUGACGGAAAUGACCAGCGUAAGCCCCGUUGCUCCAGAGUGGGAGCCAGUGUUCUUGCUAAUUGUUUCUCUGCACUAACCACUUGGAUGUCUAAUUUUUUUUGGAGUGAAAUCCUGGAUUUGUGACCUUCAGGGCUGACACGCUGCGCAGUCUGCGUCAUCGGGGGAACAGCAACAGGUAGACACAUCUCAAGGCGAAAUACAGUCACGUCGCCGCUGCUCUCAUAACGACACGCAUGCAGUAAGAAGAGUUUGGAAAGGGGAUUCGAGUAAGCCCAAAUGACAGUGUGACAGGACGUUUCUGUGGUUAACAUCUGAUGUCAGAAUGUUAAAAGUGCCUUCUGUCUUAAAUCUCAAACCAAAUACUUUGUGUGUUGACCUUGGGCAGAAGUGUCCUUCCUUCCUUUGCCGUCAGGUAGAAAACUCGCACUCUGCAGAAGGGUCCUGUGUGAUCAUUUUACUCCUCUGGUUGAGAAGCAGCAGCAAUGUUUUGCUUCCAGUGUGAUUAAUCGUUUUAUGUUAAAAAUAGUCAAUGAGGCUGGUACCUCUGGAGUGCUUUAUUUGCCUUCUCUUUGAAGGGAGGGAACAGACGCUGUUCUGUGAACUAAAAUGUGUAGUCAGCAACAAUUCAGUGGUUUCCAACUUAACUAUUUAAUGGCCGCAACACAGGUCUUUUGGUCCAAGGCAAGUAUCAAGUCCGAAUUGUAAUGAAUUUUUCACCAGUUUUAACCAGUUCCUUAAAAGAUAGCUUAACUCAAGAUUCAUCAAGGCUUGUGUUUUCCCACGAAUGUGAAUCUUUCAAUGGCCGUUCGAGUCUGUAUGUACUGUUGUUGUGUUCGGAAGUAGUGAAAGAACUCUAGAAAGCACUGACUGGCUGUCUGGUGUCUGUGGAGAAGGAAGCCUCGCGUUUGAGGCCAUCUUGGGGGCGCAUCCAGCUCCCCUAGGGCGGUCCCCUGGUUCUUCUGUCUGAGCUACAGUGGAAGUGGCUUCAUGGUUCAAACUGUGGUAUAUGUUACACCAGUUACGCUAAGCAAGUUCCUCACGUCCCAAUAGCCAGUGGAUCUUCAUCCUAGUUUGUAUCAAUCAGCAAAGUAUAGUUAAAGCUUGUCUUGACGUUGCAUUCUUGCAAAUGUCUUCAACUCUUACCUACCUGAGAAAACAGAAAAAUGGUCAGCCAGACCCUUCCAGUUUUUCUUUGCUUUCCUAAGCCCUGGGGAAACCACUAUUUCAGUUGUAUAAAAGUUUCUGCCACACUCCUAUGGCCCAGUCGAAUAAACACCAUUUUUUCUCACUGAGAGAGGAACACGUGCUGCCUGUAAUAACAGCCCGUAUCUCAGUGAGCAGCAGAACCCUGGUGGGUGUUAAUUGGGUGUUUUUUGCCCUGGAGAGAGUUUGGGUUCCUUUCUGUACUUUCUGUUCUGCCCGGAAGGCGGGAGUGACCGACCUUACAAGCUUAUAAGAUUGUCGUGCCUGUUUUAGACUGAAUAUUUAAAUGCUGCAGCUGGCCAGCAGUGUAAAGCGGAGGUUGCAGUGAGCAGAGAUUGCACCACUGCGCUCCAGCCUGGGCAACAAGCAAAACGUCUCAAAAAAAAAAAAACAAAAACUGUUGACUUUUGUUUUUCAUUUAGUUUUUAAAAAGACUGUUUGCAAAAGUAGUUAUCUUCAGCAAUUACUUCAUAAUUUAGAUUGCUACCAAGAGUGACAGGAGAGCUUGUCUUGAAAAUCAGUAUUAGACAGAUGCCAACAAGGAGACCCACUGUGAUUUCUGGAAGCCUGUCUGGGAGACAGACCUCGUGACCUCGUAUGCAAUUCCGGUCUCCCUUCCUCCAACACACAAGCGUUGGGGAAACACCUCAGACACCUGAGGCAGCAUCACGAUUUCUAAUCGUGACAACGACCCUUCUGCCAUCAAACAAAAGGGGCAAGUGUGGCAGCCCCAGCUACUUAAACAUCUUUUUACUACAAAUUUGUCCAGAAAAGGUGAAAUGUUUUGUUAAGAAACUCUAUUAAGCAUGGCCUGAGUAUUAGGUGUAUGAUCUGUCUAAUAUGUUCCAUCAAAAAUACUCAUUACUAGUGCUUUAAGCUCCAGAGGAAACAUUCAUUUAAAAUGGAGUUCACUGGGCAGACUUCCCCGUUAAUAAUCUAGAUAGAAGUAUUCUUUAUCAGAGAUUUAAGGCACCGUUUUGCUAACUGGUAAAUAAAACCGAAUGUAAAUAUGUAAGAAUGUUUAUUUGUUGCACAUAAGUUUUUUGGUAUAAAAUAAACGUAGAAGUUACCUGUGGAA